AUGUCUGGCUCGCUGCACAAGAGCGGGAAAACUUUCGCAGACGUGCAGUCGUCCCUCUCGUGGGAUGAAGCCGAAGUCGAUGGCGUUUCGCACACGUCCUUAGGCUCGUCCUCGCAAGCCCGCAAAGACGCCGGCAACAAUGGUGUCAAACGGCAACUUCGGCCCCGUCACGUGUCCAUGAUCGCCCUGGGCGGAACCAUCGGCACCGGGCUGUUCAUCGGUAUCGCCAAUCCGCUGCUGAACGCCGGCCCCGUCGGCGCCCUCAUCGCCUACAUCUUCAUGGGAACGCUCGCCUACAGUGUGACCCAGUCGCUGGGCGAAAUGGCCACCUUCAUCCCCGUCACCUCCUCCUUCACCGUCUUCACCCGUCGCUUCCUGUCGCCCGCGCUGGGCGCCGCCAACGGCUACAUGUACUGCUUCUCCUGGUGCAUCACGUUUGCCCUGGAGCUGUCCAUCGUCGGCCAGAUCAUCGAGUACUGGACCGACGCCGUGCCCAACGCCGCAUGGAUCAUCAUCUUUUGGGUCCCACUCUCUCUGUCCAAUCUCAUCCCGGUUCGCUACUACGGCGAAUUCCAAUUUUGGAUCUCACUCGUCAAAGUUCUCGCCAUCAUUGGCUUUAUCAUCUACUGUUUGUGCAUGGUUUGCGGUGCCGGUGUCACCGGUCCCGUGGGCUUCCGUUACUGGCGUCAUCCUGGCCCCUGGGGUGACGGUCUUCUCGACGCGGUCUCUGGACUGCCCAUCUACUCGUCCAACGUGGGCAAAGGUCGCUUUCUCGGUUGGGUUUCGUCCUUGAUCAAUGCCGCUUUCACCUACCAAGGUACCGAACUCGUGGGUAUUACCGCCGGUGAAUCCAACAAUCCACGUAAGACUGUUCCCAAAGCCAUCAACAAAGUCUUUCUCAGAAUUUUGCUCUUCUACGUGGGUUCUCUAUUUUUCAUUGGCCUUUUGGUGCCGUACAAUGACCCAAAAUUGACCUCCACCGCCUCAUACGUCUCCAGUUCCCCGUUCAUUAUCGCUAUUCAAAACUCGGGAACCAAGAUUUUGCCCGACAUCUUCAAUGCUGUUGUGCUCAUUACCAUCAUAUCCGCUGCCAAUUCCAACGUAUACGUGGGCUCGCGUGUUCUUUAUGGGCUCGGUACGGAAAGAUUGGCGCCCCAGUUUGUCACUCGCGUCAAUCGCUUCGGAGUUCCAUACAUAGCGGUCGGCAUCGUUUCGCUAUUUGGAUUCUUGGGAUAUCUCAGUGUAUCCAGCGGCUCUAAAAACGCGUUUGAUUGGCUCCUGAACAUUACUGCUAUUGCUGGGUUUUUCGCAUGGCUAUUUAUUUCCUUGUGCCAUGUUCGUUUCAUGCAAGCUCUUAAGCUGCAAGGCAUUUCCAGAGACGACCUACCUUUCAAGGCAAAAUUCAUGCCAUGGGGUGCUUAUUACGCUGCCUUUUUCAUUGCACUCAUUAUUUUAUUUCAAGGCUUCACUGCAUUUACUCCUAGCUUUGACGUUUCCAGUUUCUUCGCAGCCUACGUCAGUGUGUUUUUGUUCAUCGCUAUCUGGGUGAUCUUCCAAUGUAUUUACCGCGGGCGUUUGAUUCACAAGAUUGAGGACGUUGAUAUCGAUACCGAUAGAAGGGAAAUAGAGGCAUUGGAAUGGGAUGACCCAGAACCAAAGAAUCUAUGGGGGAAAUUUUGGGCGGCAAUGGCGUAG